AUGGUGGCCGUAAAGAUUGAUGGCACUGCCAUCGCAAAGAACAUCCGGGAGAGGCUCGGGACAGAGAUUGCUGAGAAGCAGAAGCUCAACCCCCGUUACAAGCCAGCCCUCAAGAUCAUCCAAGCGACUUAUGUUCGUAUGAAACUCAAAGCCGCCGCCGAGGCGUCCAUUGACUGUGAAUUGAUUCACCUUCCCGAAUCCAUCUCUGAAGCUGGAAUCUUGGAUCGCAUUCGUAGUCUCAACAGUGAUCCUCUGGUCCAUGGUAUCCUGGUCCAGCUUCCUCUCCCCGCUCACCUUUCUGAAUAUAAUAUUACCUCAGCUGUCGCCGACGAGAAGGAUGUCGAUGGCUUCGGCUCCAAGAACAUUGGUGAGCUCGCCAAGAAGGGCGGCAAGCCAUUCUUCAUCCCCUGCACACCACAGGGUGUCCUGUGCCUGCUCAAGGACGCUGGAGUUGCCCUUGCUGGAAAGAACGCUGUCGUUCUGGGACGCAGUGACAUUGUUGGCAGCCCCGUGAGCUACCUGCUCAAGAAUGCCAACGCCACCGUCACCGUCUGCCACUCGAAGACUGAGAACCUUCCUGAGGUCAUCAAGACUGCUGAUGUCCUCGUCGCUGCCAUUGGAAAGGCUCACUUUGUCAAGGGCGAAUGGCUCAAGCCAGGCGUCGUCGUCAUUGAUGUCGGUACCAACUUCAUCCCUGAUAGCACUAAGAAGUCCGGCCAACGACUUGUUGGUGAUGUCGACUACGACUCCGCCUUUGAGGUCGCCUCAGCCAUCACGCCUGUUCCAGGUGGCGUUGGGCCCAUGACUGUGGCCAUGCUGAUGCAGAACGUUGUCGACGCCGCGGAUAGAUUUUUCGAGUCACAAAAGUCCAGGAAGACUAUCCCUCUGCCCUUGAAUAUCCAGGAGACCGUGCCUUCCGACAUUGCCAUCUCCAGAGCUCAAACCCCCAAGCAGAUUACCCAGAUUGCGAACGAGGUGGGUAUUGCUGCCCACGAAUUGGAGCCCUAUGGCGCCUACAAGGCCAAGGUCGAUCUCAGCCUGCUUAAACGACUUGACCAUCGUCGCAAUGGUCGCUAUGUCGUUGUGACGGGUAUCACCCCCACACCUCUCGGUGAAGGAAAGUCAACCACUACCAUGGGUCUAGCACAGGCCCUCGGCGCUCAUCUUGACCGCCUGACCUUUGCCAAUGUCCGUCAACCCAGUCAGGGACCUACUUUCGGUAUCAAGGGCGGUGCCGCUGGAGGUGGUUACAGUCAGGUCAUUCCUAUGGACGAGUUCAACCUGCAUCUCACAGGCGACAUCCAUGCCAUCACCGCCGCCAACAACCUUCUGGCAGCAGCCAUUGAAACCAGAAUCUUCCACGAGAACACACAGAAGGAUGGACCUCUCUUCCGUCGCCUGGUCACAGGCAAGGGAGGUGAGAAGAAAUUUGCUCCAGUCAUGUUCCGACGCCUCAAGAAGCUUGGCAUCGAUAAGACCAACCCAGAUGAUCUCACCGAGGAUGAGAUCCACCGUUUUGCUCGUCUAGAUAUUGACCCCGAAACCAUCACUUGGCGCCGCGUUUUGGAUGUCAAUGACCGUCAUCUCCGAGGUGUGACUGUAGGCACUGCUCCUACCGAGAGAGGCCAGACCCGGGAGACUGGGUUCGACAUCUCAGUUGCCAGUGAAUGCAUGGCCAUUCUUGCUCUAAGCACCAGCUUAGCGGACAUGCGGGAGAGGCUCGGCGCCAUGGUCGUUGCAUCAUCUCGGGGUGGUGACCCCGUCACCGCCGACGAUAUUGGAGCCGGUGGUGCCUUGGCUGCUUUGAUGAAGGAUGCCAUCAAGCCUAACCUUAUGCAGACCCUCGAAGGAACCCCAGUCUUUGUCCAUGCUGGACCUUUUGCCAACAUCAGCAUUGGUCAGAGCUCUAUCCUUGCCGAUAAGCUCGCACUGAAGCUGGCUGGUACUGAACCUGACGAGGACCACAGUGAGAAGGCUGGUUUCGUCGUGACCGAGGCCGGUUUCGACUUCACAAUGGGAGGUGAGCGUUUCUUCAACAUCAAGUGCCGCACUUCAGGCUUGGUGCCGGAUGUCGUCGUGGUCGUCGCAACCGUGCGAGCCCUCAAGGUCCACGGCGGCGGUCCCCCCAUUGCCCCAGGAGCCGCUUUGAGCGGCGUUUACAAGGAGGAGAAUGUCGAAAUCCUCCGAGCUGGCUGCAUUAACUUGAAGAAGCACAUUGAGAACGCCAAGUCUUUCGGUGUCCCCGUUGUUGUUGCCAUCAAUCAGUUCUCUACUGAUACCGAGGCCGAAAUCGCUGUGAUCCGCGAAGAGGCCAUCGCUGCAGGUGCCGAGGAUGCUAUCCUCUCCAGCCACUGGGCGGAAGGUGGCAAGGGUGCAGUCAACCUUGCCAAGGGUGUUAUCGCUGCUAGCGAGAAGCCCAAGGAGCUUACUCUCACAUACAGCCUUGACGGUUCCAUCCACGAACGCAUCGAGGCCAUUGGAAAGAAGAUGUAUGGCGCCGAUGCUGUUGAGUUCAGCGAGCUCGCCCAAAAGAAGGUAGACACAUAUACACGACAAGGCUACGGAAACCUGCCUAUCUGCGUUGCCAAGACACAGUACUCGCUAUCUCACGAUCCUGAUCUAAAGGGUGCACCCACCGGCUUCACCAUCCCUGUCCGGGAUGUCCGUAUGGCUGCCGGUGCUGGAUAUUUGUACGCCUUGGCUGCUGAUAUCCAGACUAUCCCUGGAUUGCCUACAGCACCUGGGUAUCUCAAUGUUGACAUUGAUCCCGAGACUGGCGAGAUCGACGGCCUCUUCUAA